CUCAAGGCUAACAAAUAGUCUGUCUACCACUGUCUACUAUAAAAACUAAUAACAUUUAUUUUUGUCAGGAAACAUCAACGGUAAAUGGGUCGUAGAAUCAAUCACAAGUACAAAAAUGGGUCUAAUAAUCGACUCUCCAAAAGACCACUCGUCCUACAAUGUGGCAUACAUCGAGGUGAAAAGAACCGGGCAGUAUUUCAUAUAUGGACAAGUUUUCUUCCAUGGAGAAGAUCAUGAGAUGGCCCAUUGUUUGCACGUAGCUGAUAAAUACACGCCGUGUUCGGAGACUACAUGCGGCGAUCGGAAAGUGAUGUGUUCCCGAUCAGCGCCGGGACAUCCCGAGACUAGAAAAAAAGUCCAAAAUGUGAAUACGAACUAUAUAGGUGGCGUUGUGUAUUUACAAAAAGGAUCCACCAUCCGACUAGCAAUUGACGUUGAUCUGAAUAUGAACAAAGAGAAAGCAAUUGUGCUGGACAAGUUAAUGUGUUAUUUUGGUGCCUUUGCAGUAUAAACUGUAUUCUAACCACAUAUGUCCAUGCUACUCAUGUUAAUAAUACAUGACACCGUUGUUGUUGGUAACUUCGAGGCGAGGUUGAAGGGCAUACGUACAUUGACCGGAAAAUCUCCACUCCAAAAGUGAGUGUUCUCGGACCGCGUGUUCUUCCAAAGCUGCGUAUUCGGUAGAUAUUUAGGAACAAUGAGUCGACAUCUACAGCGUGUCUUUGGAUAUUAAAGACUAACAUAUUUUCGUAGCCAUAAAGACAUAAACACAUGCCAAACGGUUUGUUUCGUUAUCUUUUUACUUUCCUUUUGAUGUUGUCUUUAUACGAAUGGUUUGACAUUCUGCCAAAGUCUCAAGUGAUUGACCCAGAUGUUGCAUUGGCAUAUCCUUCCGCAAUCGAAGAAUUACAG